AUGUCGUCCGCUCCACCACCAACACGCCCUGGAGUGGGUCGAAAGCGCGCUCCUUCCUUCUCCGAAGCCAUCGCUGGUAUCCCUCAAAACGCAAAUGCGCUCGACGAGACCGCCGACCCGGCCGUAGCGGAUCGCAUCGCUGCGGCUGAUAAGGCGGCUCUCGAAGCUGCCACCAAGGACCCUGUCGCCGCUUCCACCUCAGCCAAGAAGAAGGGCAAAUAUGAGCACCAAGAUGCAGAGAUCUACCGCUCCCAGGGGCUCAUCAAGGACAUCUUCACCUUCCGAUGGAUGACGGCACCCGCCUCGUCGCUGCAACUGGCGCUCAUCUUUGUGCUCGCCUACUUCAACUGGAACUUCUUCAUCGGCACACCGGAAAACAACCCCAUCGCGCCCUUCCUCAUGCUUUCGCACCGGGUUCCUCAAUCCCAAGUCAUCCUCGACAGCCUUCCCUCGAAAGACCCGGUCCAACGGGCGCUGCAGAACCUCAUCCCUCGUUCCGCCGAGAGCUUCGAAGCACGCUAUCAAAAAGGCUACGGUGAUCUUCUUUUCCUCGUCUUCUACGUCAUCGUCUUCUCCUUCUUGCGCCAGUCGACGACGCUCUACAUCUUCAAGCCGUUCGCCAAGUGGUGGGGGAUCAAGAGCGAGUCCAAGCAGGCGCGCUUCACCGAGCAGGGCUAUGCCGUGCUCUACUGGGGCAGUGCCGCCGCGCUCGGCCUGUACGUCAUGAGCUUCCAAGACAGCUGGUGGUACAACCUCGAACAUCUUUGGCUCAAGUACCCUCACUGGCAGAUGCGAGGUGAGCUCAAGCUCUACUACCUCCUCCAGUUCGCCUUCUGGCUCCAGCAGGCGCUCGUCAUGCUUCUCCGUCUGGAGAAGCCCAGGAAGGACUACUACGAACUCAUCGCACACCAUCUCGUGACGCUGUGGCUCAUCGGUUGGUCCUACCUGGUCAACCUCACCAUGAUUGGAACCACCGUCUUCGUCUGCAUGGACAUCCCCGAUACCUGGCUCGGCAUGAGCAAGGCACUCAACUACAUGGGCCUCGACAAGAUCACCACCGUCAUCUUUGCGAGCUUCAUGGUGGUCUGGACUUACUUUCGCAUCUACCUCUCGGCGGCGACGCUGCAUUCCGUGUGGUACCAGUUCGAGCUGAUCCCCAGGUACGCAAGGGAGUGGGAGCCCGAGAAGGGCUGGUGGCUGGUCUGGUGGAUGAGGUACCAGAUUUUCGCCCCGCUCUUCUUGCUGUUGCUGUUGAACCUGUUCUGGUACUUCCUCAUGUGGAGGAUCAUGCUCAGGUCGAUCAAGGGCGAUUUGAAGGAUGAGAGGGAGGACGGUGAGGAUGAGGAGGAGCAGCAGGACAAGAAGACGCAGUGA